UGCAUCUCUUUGAGAUCCAAAGAAACGCAAAUGGUACUUCACUUGUUGGAGAGAUUCCCAAUUCAUCGUUGAUUUGGUCGCCGCAUCCCGUAGAUUUGUUAGGGUUUCUCUUACAAAGCGCUAACCAGCGCUUCUAAUGUAAACCCUCCCUUCUCUUUUUUCCAAGAUCGAUUUCUGUCAGCUUCGGUCGUACUAAACAUGGCGAAGCGGGAGAACGAGGGAGAUGAUUCCAGCUCUGGCAUCAACGCCGCCCUGACGGAUGACGUCCUCCGUGUGGUGCUUUCCAAGCUAGAGAGAGAGGAUGAGAGGGACGCGUUCGGCCUCGUCUGUAUGCGCUGGCUCCAAAUUCAGAACUCGGAGCGCCGACGCCUCCGGGCAAGGGCCGGUUCGGCAAUGCUCCAGCGGAUGGCCGACCGAUUCUCCGGUCUCAUGGAACUCGACAUGUCACAAUCAGUGUCCCGCUCUUUCUUUCCUGGGGUGGCCGAUUCAGAUCUCUCUGUUAUUGCCGCCGGCUUCCCUCUGCUGCGCAUUCUAAAUUUAAGCAACUGUAAAGGUAUUACUGAUGCUGGAAUGAUAACACUUGGCAAGGUUCUUACAAACCUUCAGUCCUUGGAUGUUUCCAACUGCAAAAAACUGACUGAUAAUGGAUUGGUAGCCAUUGCAAAGGGAUGCCACGAUCUAAGAAGCUUAAAGCUUGAGGGCUGCAGAUCCAUCACAGAUGACUUGUUUCAGUCUCUCUCUCAAAACUGUUCUCAUCUCGAAGAGCUCGGAUUAGCUUCUUGUUUCAAGAUAACCGACUCCGGCAUCAUUUGCCUGGUUCACGGCUGCCGCCGGAUUAAGUGCCUAGAUGUCAGCAGGUGUGGCAAGGUUGGAGAUGCUGGGAUCUCAAGAGUUGCAGAGGUCUGCUCCUCUUCUCUCAAGGUCUUGAAGCUUUUAGACUGCUGUAACGUAGGCGACAAAUCCAUUCUAUCUUUGGCCAACUCCUGCCAUAAUUUGGAGACAUUAGUGAUCUGUGGAUGCCGUUACAUUUCUGAUGAAUCAGUGAAGUCCUUAGCUCUAUCCUGCUAUCAAAGCCUGAGGAUCUUGGGGAUGAGCUGGUGCUCUAACAUCACAGAUUUGACAGUAAACUGGAUAUUUUCAAACUGUAGAUAUCUUAUGGCUCUUGAUAUUGGAUCCUGCGAUAACAUAACAGAUUCAGCCUUUGAGGGACUAAUAUGUGGAGAUUUUGAAUCAGAUUUGAAGGUUUUGAAGGUCACCAACUUGCCAAGGAUCACAGUGGCAGCCAUGAACAUCUUAUUGGAGUCCUGUAAGUCAUUAGAUUACUUGGAUCUGAGGUCCUGCCCACAUAUUACAAAGCUAGAUUGCGAGCAAGCUGGUUUACAGUUUCCUGAUUCUUGUAAAGUAAAUUUCGAUGGAAGCUUAGUGGAGAGUGAUGGUAUGGUUGACUUAUUCUUUUGAAAGUAGGUAAAGAUGGGCAGUAUUACUGCUGCAUUUGAAUGUGAUGCUUAAUAAAAGAGUUUGUUGGUUUGUUUAACUUACAAGUUUAAGAUGAGAACUAUUUAGAUGUGUGCUAAUUGCAUGCAAUAUGUAGCUGCCAAGGAUUUCAAUUUGGA